UAUUUUUUUGUUGGGUAGGUCACCGGGGCUAAGCCCGAGGGAGGGUGUUUAAAUGCGCUGUUAAUCUAAUAAGCCGCUAGCACGCAAACAAGUUCACGUGGGAAAAAUUGGAGCAAUAAGAAAUUAAUAGACAAUGCCCAACUGAAGUAUUCGUAUCAAAAUGUUGCGUGGGCCGAUCGGCAGAUCGGAUUGGGAUUGGGCUAGGUGCCGCCAGCACUGGGCGUGUGUGUGUGUGUGGGAAGUGCUUCUCGGGCCGGACAGCACGUUAGUUAUUUAUGGUUAACACGGCUCGUCGCCAAUUGGACAUGGGAAGCCGCUCUCAGAACAAGGAAGCCACAGCCAACGCCCACGUUCAGCUGCACAAAAGAAUCCCAUCAAUUUGCAAACUUUAUGUGACUCAAUCCCGAGUCUGUUGGAGACUAUAAAAGGCUAAAGCUUGGGCUCCAGCCUCCACAGUCUUAUUUGCAGAGUGCGCGGAAAAUGUUGCAGUCAGUUGGAUUUCUCCUCCUGCUGCUCUUGGGCAGCUCCAUUUCUGUGUUGCAGAACUCCAGCGAGGUAGCCAAGGCCCUGGCUGAUGAGGAUGAUGAUGUGCCCAUUGGCAGCGACAAGGAGCUCUCGGACCUGGUCAUCACCACGGCUUUGGGCAAAAUUCGUGGCACCAUAUUGCCCUCGCAGGCGGGUCGCAACUUCUAUGCCUUUCGGGGCAUUCCGUAUGCCAAGGCGCCCGUUGACAAUUUGCGGUUCAGGCCACCGGAGCCGAUUGAGCAAUGGUUUGAUAUCUUUGAUGCCACCUUCGAUGGACCCAAGUGCCCGCAGCCGGGACUGGUCAGCGAGGAUGUGAGCGAGGAUUGCCUCAGGCUGAACAUCUACACACGUCAGCUGCCCAGCGAAUCCGAGCCGAAUCCCAAGAAGCCCGUCAUUGUCUUCAUUCAUCCCGGCGGCUUCUACUCGCUGUCCGGCCAGAGCAAGAACUUUGCGGGUCCGCAGUAUUUCAUGGAUCGCAAUCUGGUGCUGGUUACCUUCAACUAUCGGCUGGGCACAUUGGGCUUCCUGGCCACGGGCACACAGGAGGCGCCCGGCAACAUGGGCCUGAAGGAUCAGGUGCAGCUGCUGCGCUGGGUGAAGCUGCACAUCUCACGCUUUGGCGGCGAUCCCAACUCGGUCACAGUGCUCGGCUAUGGGGCGGGCGGCAUGGCCGUCACCCUGCACAUGGUGUCGCCCAUGUCCCAGGGUCUGUUCCAGCGGGCCAUUGUGAUGAGUGGCUCCGCAACGGGUCAGUGGUCGUUGCCGGAGCAUCAGAUGGACGUGGCCAAGAAGCAGGCGGCACUGCUGCAGUGCAACACGAGGGAUCUGAAGGAAAUGAUGCUCUGUCUGCGUGAGAAACAUUACUUGGAGUAUGCCAAUACGUUGCCCCGCAUGUUUGACUUUGGGCGCAACAAUCCGCUGAUCCUGUGGAAGCCCGUGGUGGAGCCAGACUUUGGACAGGAACGUUUUCUCACUGAGGAUCCCGUGCGCAGCUACCAGAAUGGCAACUUUAUGAAGAUACCCAUCAUAACGGGCAUGACCAAGGAUGAGUUUGUGGGUCCAGCUAUAUCCAUUCUGCAAAGUCCUUCGCUGCUCAGCGCCUUCAAUGACAACUUUGAGGCCCUGGCUCCGAUCUGUUUUAUCUACAAUGCCAGCAGUCCGCGUGCCAAGAACAUUAGCCAGGAGUUGCAUCAGUAUUACUUUGGCAAUCUGCCGCUCGAGGCGAAUAGCUCGCUGCAGGCGCUGGCCAUGCUCUACUCGGAUGCCCUGACGGGCUUUGGUAUACAUCGGUUUGUGCAUCUGGCGGCUCGGGCCACGAAGGUGUAUCAGUAUCGCUUCGCCUACCAGGGCGGACGCAGUCACAUCCACUACCCCGAGGAGGCGCCCUACGGCGUCGUCCAUCACGACGAUCUAAUGUAUUUGUUUGUGGAGCCCUCGAUUAGUCGCAUGUUUACGGAGGAUGACGAUGAAUAUCGCAUGGUCGACCUGAUGACGCGCAUGUUCGCUGCCUUUGCCUACAAGGGCGACCCCAACAAGCCGAGCGACGAGAAAUUGCGCGACAUUCGCUGGCGCCCGUUCAGCUUCAAGAAGCGCUACUAUCUGGACAUUGGCGACGAGCUAAUCUUGCGGGAGGGUCUGAAUGCGGCUCGCUACGAGAUCUGGAAGCGCUUAUUUCCCCUCAAUUGGCGACGUCAAACCAAGGAGCGCUGGCUCAGUCAAUACAUCUGAAAGGGUUGCAGCUGCCUUUGCGCCCAACUGUACUUCCCUAGCCUUAGUAUCAUAAAUACUAAAUGCAAUUUGGCAUUCCAAAUG